ACACUAGAGGGCGAGCACAAAACAGACCAGUUACAGUUAAGAAUCUCAGCAGUGGAAGGAGAAGAAGAAGGAGACGGAGAAGAAGGGCUCACGGUCUGUGGGGGGUGACGGAGGGGUCGAGCGUUUUUGUUCGGCUGGUGGAUCCUGUUUAAACGGUGAGCAGGAGGCACAACAACCCAAAAACACUGCAGCCCGACCCGGACAGAGUCUGGAGGAGCGGGUCGUCACGGAUCGGAACUAAGGCGCUUUUGUUUCAACUCCUGCGGGUCUGUGGACUCCAGCGGCGGCGGAGACGAUCCUGCUCGCCCAGGGAAGGAGGCUGGAAGUCGGGGACGCUUCCAGCCUGCAGGGCCGGGCGCCGUGGAGAUUGGGCAUCCGGGAUUUGGUGAACCCUUUGGGGCUCAGUGGAUGCGAUGGAGCCGGGACCAUCUGGCGCUGUGCCCACCGGGCCGUACCCCCCUCCCCUGCAGCAGGUGUUUCAGGCGCCCCGCAGGCCGGGCAUGGGCACCGUCGGCAAACCCAUCAAGCUGCUUGCUAACUACUUUGAGGUGGAAAUCCCAAAAAUGGAUGUGUUCCACUAUGAAGUGGACAUCAAACCUGAUAAGUGUCCUCGACGGGUCAACAGGGAGGUUGUGGAGUACAUGGUCCAACAUUUCAAGCCGCAGCUCUUUGGUGACCGGAAGCCAGUGUAUGAUGGGAAGAAGAAUAUCUACACUGUUUUAGCGUUACCUAUAGGCAGCGAAAAGGUUGAUUUCGAGGUGACCAUCCCCGGCGAGGGGAAGGAUCGCAUCUUUAAAGUGUCCAUUCACUGGCUGGCCAAGGUGUCAUGGCGGCUGCUGCAGGAGACGCUGGUCAGCGGACGUCUACAGGUCCCGCUGGACUCUGUCCAAGCGCUCGAUGUGGCCAUGAGACACCUGGCCUCCAUGAGGUACACCCCAGUGGGACGCUCCUUCUUCUCCCCUCCUGAAGGCUACUAUCAUCCUCUGGGUGGAGGAAGAGAGGUCUGGUUCGGCUUCCAUCAGUCCGUCCGGCCGGCCAUGUGGAAGAUGAUGCUCAACAUUGACGUAUCUGCAACAGCCUUUUAUAAAGCUCAGCCUGUCAUCGAGUUCAUGUGUGAAGUUCUGGACAUCCGCAACAUCGACGAGCAGCCGAAGACGCUCACCGACUCGCAGAGGGUCCGUUUCACCAAGGAGAUCAAAGGUCUGAAGGUGGAGGUUACACACUGUGGGCAAAUGAAAAGAAAGUAUCGCGUCUGUAACGUCACACGUCGCCCUGCUAGUCACCAAACGUUUCCUCUGCAGCUUGAGAGCGGACAGACGGUGGAAUGUACCGUGGCUCAAUACUUCAAGCAGAAGUACAACCUGCAGCUCAAGUAUCCUCACCUGCCCUGUCUCCAGGUGGGCCAGGAGCAGAAACACACCUACCUGCCCCUGGAGGUGUGUAAUAUUGUAGCAGGGCAGCGGUGCAUCAAGAAACUGACAGAUAAUCAGACGUCCACCAUGAUCAAAGCCACAGCUCGAUCAGCUCCAGACCGACAGGAGGAGAUCAGCAGACUGAUGAAGAACGCUAACUUUAAUCUGGAUCCCUACAUUCAAGAGUUUGGGAUCAAGGUGAAGGACGACAUGGCCGAGGUGACGGGGAGAGUGCUUCCCGCUCCCAUCCUGCAGUACGGCGGUCGAAACCGUGCCAUUGCGACUCCUAACCAGGGUGUGUGGGACAUGAGGGGAAAGCAAUUCUUCAACGGCAUCGAGAUCAAAGUGUGGGCCAUCGCUUGCUUCGCUCCACAGAAACAGUGUCGGGAAGAGGUGCUCAAGAACUUCACGGACCAGCUGCGUAAGAUCUCGAAGGACGCUGGGAUGCCGAUCCAGGGUCAGCCGUGUUUCUGUAAGUACGCACAGGGAGCCGACAGCGUGGAGCCCAUGUUCAGACACCUGAAGAACACUUACUCCGGCCUGCAGCUCAUCAUCGUCAUCCUGCCCGGAAAAACCCCCGUCUACGCCGAGGUCAAGCGUGUGGGAGACACUCUUCUAGGAAUGGCCACUCAGUGUGUUCAGGUGAAGAACGUGGUGAAAACCUCUCCUCAGACGCUCUCCAACCUCUGCCUCAAGAUCAACGUCAAACUCGGCGGCAUCAACAACAUCCUGGUGCCGCAUCAACGAUCGGCAGUGUUCCAGCAGCCGGUGAUCUUCCUCGGAGCAGAUGUCACUCACCCACCGGCUGGUGAUGGGAAGAAACCGUCUAUUACUGCAGUGGUGGGCAGCAUGGACGCUCAUCCCAGCAGAUACUGCGCUACAGUUCGAGUUCAGCGACCCAGACAGGAGAUCAUUGAAGACCUGUCCUACAUGGUGCGAGAGUUACUGAUUCAGUUCUACAAGUCCACCCGCUUCAAACCCACCAGAAUCAUCUUCUACAGGGACGGCGUGCCAGAAGGACAGUUACCACAAAUCCUGCACUACGAGCUGUUGGCCAUCAGAGACGCCUGCAUCAAGCUGGAGAAGGACUACCAGCCGGGCAUCACCUACGUAGUAGUGCAGAAACGCCACCACACUCGCCUCUUCUGCGCCGAUAAAUCUGAAAGAAUCGGGAAGAGCGGGAACAUCCCAGCAGGAACUACGGUGGACACCAGCAUCACGCAUCCGUUCGAGUUUGAUUUCUACCUGUGCAGUCAUGCCGGUAUUCAGGGCACCAGUCGACCCUCACACUACUACGUCCUGUGGGACGACAAUCGCUUCACAGCGGACGAGCUGCAGAUCCUCACCUACCAGCUGUGCCACACAUAUGUGCGCUGCACCCGCUCCGUCUCCAUCCCUGCGCCUGCGUACUAUGCCCGACUCGUGGCUUUCCGUGCGCGAUACCAUCUGGUGGAUAAAGAGCACGACAGCGGGGAAGGCAGUCACGUCUCGGGACAGAGCAACGGUCGGGAUCCCCAGGCGCUGGCCAAAGCCGUGCAGAUUCACCACGACACCCUGAGGACCAUGUACUUUGCCUAAGCAAACCUGUGCCACACACCCCUCGAGCCAGUUCCCCGGGUGCUACCAGUCCCAACACGGAGUCUCACACUUUGAGUUUCGUUCAAUCUGUCUGGAUGCUCUUUUUUUUAUUUAAUUGUGUAUUGUUGUAAACUACUUUCACACUCCCACAUGUGCGCAUGUAUGCAAUACGGAGGGAAGCAACGCAGAGGAAGCUGUCGUUUUGUAUGCCACCACAAAGCUGCCUCUUAACCCGCCGCCAGAGUUCAAACGCCCCACGUGGACGAAUCCUUCUUACUUCCUUUGGCAUUAUUUUUUAUUGUUGUGAACGUUUCUUUUUACAUUUUUUAUUGUUGUGAAUGGCAUGGUACAUUAGCGCUUAGUUGUAGUGGAAAGGCACCGCGAGCCCAGAAGGAGACAAGCGCAAGGCCGUAGCAGAAGCCGCGGACGCAGGUGUCUCGGAUCCAGUUUAGACUCGCCGUUAGUUAAGAGAGUGGCGAAUUAGUGUAACGAUAGAUGGACCACUGCAUUUGCACUCUCACAUCAGCAUAACACCGAAACCAGCAUUAUGCACCAGCCAACCGGUGACAAAAGGCCCUCGUCGUGGAAAACGUGCACUUCACUUGCAUUCGAAAAACUUUUUUUUUUUUACUUCCAGUGCACAUAAAUCUUCCUGAACUUACAGGAAUAGUUCACCCAAGAAAAUCAGUUAUUCAUUCUGGAUUGUGCUUUUUUUUUUCUCCCAUGAAACAGGACGAGCUGUUUUCAAUGCAGCACUAAAUAGAUGGUGAUUUAUAAUGUGAAGUUCAUCUACGUGUCAUAAAACUAGUCUGCAUGACUUGCAUAUUAUAAUCCAAUCCUUUUAGAUUUGUUUAAGAGAAAAACACGGAUUUGAGUUAUUAUUCACUGAUUUUUAUGUUUUAAAUAAAGCAUCAUAUAUAUAUAUAAAUAAAUAAAUAUAUAUAUAUAUAUAUAUAUAUAUAUAUAUAUAUAUAUAUAUAUAUAUAUAUAUAUAAUGGCCUUUUUUCUUUUUUGCAUUAUUGGGUGAACUUUCCCUUUAAACGGUUUCUUCCACUGGCCUCUGUACACGAAGCAAUACAAGGUCACUGAGAGCAGUCAUAAAGAAUGUGUAAGGUGAUAGAAGAGAAUAGUUGUUUGGAAAUAGUGAGCCUGUCCUCUUUACCCCACAGGCUCACGAAGGCUGUUGGUAACACUGCCACAUUCCCUUCCCAACAAGCACAUUUAACACUUGCCAUUAUCAUUGCACCUUUUUACCCUCGCCUGACGCCCGUCGGUGCAGAGAGAAUGUGGGCAUGCCGGAAAACGCCUUUUCCGCAGGUUAAGGGAUCAUUAUGCCAUGUAAUCAUGUCAUAGAGUGGAUGUAAGAAAUGCAUGUUUAAACCGAGUCGGUGUUGUAACUGGAGCCUCUUAGUAAUCACAUUCAGUCUGAGCCCGUACUAACAUUCGAUGCCAUACUUUCUCACCCGUUUGCCUUAAAAUGAAAGAGCUGUCAUUACGAAUCUGGAGUUUCAUUAUUUUUUUUCCCCACAGCUGCAUACAAAUAACACUUCAUAGGGUGAACAAAUAAUGACAGAGUUUCAUUUUUAGGUGAACUUUCCCUUUAAGGAAACCUUUUACUGCUAUAAAAGUGGCUUACGAGUCUCCACGAGGUUGAAAGACUCAGCACCUAAAACGCUUUGAUGAAAUUCAAAGGGAUUUUAAAUGUAACGGUUGACCAUGUUUUAUUUUUAACUCGCGUUUAUGAAAUGUAUACAAAGACAUGCCUUUAUAUUAGGUUUUGCCAAGCCAGCGAGGUGAUUUGUAUUGAUGCCCGAUGUACAAUAUUGAUCCGGUCUUUCCUAGACGAAAUAUUCUGAUGCAGUACUUGACUCUCAGAAGUCUCAGCACCUCAUGGUUGAUGACGAAGAUGGAGACCUCAAUGUUUAAGCAAUAUUAAGCCACUGAUAAAGAACAGUCCGCAUCAUAGCACUUCCCAGUCGAUUCAAUGAAUGAACACAUAAGCAAGUCAUUUUGGCACUGUAUGUAAUAGUGAGAGGACUUUGUUCGGGACGAUUAUUUUUUAAAGACAAUAAAAGUUGUUUUUUAUUAAA